AUGGAUGAUUAUGUUAAAACUACAAACUUUAUAAUAAUAAUUUUAAUAUCCAUUAUCAUCAUUAAAUGUAUAAACUACUCACAGAGAUCUCAGACUAAAAGAGAAGCAAAAGAAGAUACCCUGGUUCAAUUAGAAGUCAAGCCACGUAAAAAAGUAGAAAGUACACGUCAACUUAAAGAAAAAACAAUAAAUGAAAACAAUUCCAAACAAAGGAAAUUAGAAAAAUCAACAUAUAAAGGCAAAUUAAAGGAAACUAAAGUAUCUCAAGAGGAUGAUGAAUUGGUGAAGUUACGUGAAAGAGUAAAAAUGCUUGAACUUGAGCUUAAUUUGGAGUUACAAAAUAGUAAACAACUUAGUGCUAGACUGGCUAAAGCAACUUCAACAAAUGAACUUAAUUCAAAGUAUGCUGAACAAUCAUUUAAAAAUACUUUAUAUGAGGAUCUUACCAAUUUAUUGAUCCAAAAUGUAAAAAUAAGAUCUGCUGGCGAAUUUACACUUUCAUGUUUUCAAAGUAGUAAAAAAGGUGAUUUAGUCUUUAAACUUUCAACCACGCCUGAUUAUCCAGGUAUUUAUGUGUAUUCUCCUUGUAUUGAUCCUACAAGAGAUUCUAUAUUGUUGAAAUCAUUACCUCAAUUUCUUCAAGAAGAAAUUUUAUUUUCAAAAGAAAAAACAUUCGAAUUCUACUGGAAACUUUUACAUGCUUUAAAUUAG